UAUUUACUUUUUGUUAUCAAUAAGUGAACAAGCCGAUAGUUUGGUUAAGUUUUGAUAGUAAUUUUUCUAGUUUUCAAUGGUUUGACUUUUAGUAUUUUAAUUUUAUGUAAAUUGUAAAUAGAAGAUUGUUUUAAUUUUCCAAUUUCCUAUUCAACAUACAAUAUAACAGUAAAUACUUUAAUUAUACUUUAAUUAAAUUAUUAUACUUAGUUAUUUUAAAUAAUUUUUUAUAACAAUUUUUUCUUUGUUUUAAAUGACUGCUUAUAACCUUUUUGUAAAAUUGGCUUUAUUUAUAUGUUAAAGAUGUAUGGAGAAAUGAAUAACAACAAAUUGGCUUUGCCAUUACAUUACCAGCAGAUUAUUCAAGCUAUUAAUAUUGAACCGUAUUUGAAUUAUGUAGAAAACAUUUUCAAAACUCCCCUUGGGUAUGCAAUCAUUUUAUUAUAAAUUUAAUUUUUUUCUUAUUAAAAAAAAAAUUAAGUAAACAGUUGUACACAGAAAUACUAAUAAAACUCUAGAAUAGUAAACUAAUAUUUACUUAUACGUAGCUUUUUAAAUGAUAAUAAUUAACAUUUAUUUUUAGGGAAGAUUCAAGUGAUACAGAUUUAGAUGGUGAUUUUAGUGAUCUUGAAACUCCAGAAGGUUUGACUUUAUAUUUUUAACUUUUUUUACUAAUUUAAUCGAAAAAAUAAUAUAACCUAAUAGUUAAUUAAUUAAAUAAUGUGAACAAUAUUAUAUAGUUUUUGUGAAUAUUGUUAUCUAAUUUAGAACGAAUUGCUGACCGUUCUCGAUUUUAUAAUUUAUCAAAUGUUGGUGAUGAUCGUUUAUGGCUACAAAGUCUUCUCUUGGAAAACAACGAUUCAGAUGAUCCUGAAGACGUAGUGACGGAAGAAGAUUUACAAGAGAUGUUAAAACUACAUUUAUUCAAAAAGAAGUGUCAACAACAAUUCCUUACUGCUAAAAAUGUAAAUUGGUUUAUUUUUAAUUACAAAUUAGUAAAUAAAUUGUUAUUAGGUAUUUGUUUAGGUAAUAAUAAUUAUAAUAUUAUAAGUUGUUUAGUGUAUAUAUAUACACUUAUUGAAAAAUCGUGGUUUACUUUACAGAAAAAUCGAUGUCGGUAUUAUAGUUCUGGCUUAUUAUCUAAUUUUGAUAAAUAUCAAACGAGAACUGAAAAAAAAAAUACUCAAAAGUCAAAAGCUACCACAGUCAAACAUAAACAUAAAGUAUUUAAAGAGUAUUAAUUAAUGCCUUAUUUAUAAAUAUAUUUAUGUCAAUAAUUGAUAAAUUUAUAUUUAUAGAAUUCUGACGGAGAUAAAAAACUCACUAAAAGGAAAACACGAUCUUUAAGUCCUACAGCUAAAACAUUAAAACUUGAAAAGAAAAAAGCCCUUUUGGAAGCAAAAACUGCUCAAGUCGUAUUUAUGAAAAGAAAAAAGCUAUGGUUACAUAUGUCCAAAAAGGAAAUGGGAAAAGUAAUGGCGUUAAAAAAUUAAUAAAUCAUAUUUUAUUUAUAAUAAGUAUUAUUAUAUCAUAUUCAGUAUACCUAUGACUAUCAGUGUGGUUUUAUGUCAGGUAAAGUGAACAAUGGAACUAAUCUUUUAUGUAGGGCAUAUAGAUUAUGUCUAAGAAAAUCUAAGGAAAAAGUUGUGAAUGUUGUUCAUAGAUUCAGAGAAAACAUAUAGUAUGAAGAGUAUCGAAAAAAGUAAAAAAAAAUUCAAGAGGAAAUGGGUACUGUAUAAAUAUGUUAAUGAACUUGUAAUCAAAGGAUAAGUAAAGGAAAUACAAACCAAGUGUUUUUGAGCUGUAUUAUAAUUAGAACAUGAUAGAGAUUAAUAGACAAAACCAAGAACAUAUAAAACAAACAGUUAACUUAUUAUUUAGGAUUGAUUGCUUAACAAAAUGUAUGUUUCUGAUCAAGGAUAUGAAUGAGGGAGCAAGUACACAGGUAUAAAGUUGUGGUUGAAGACUAUAAUGACCAACUCUAAAUAACUAACAGGAAAGGUAUAGGGAAAAAAUGUAUAAGAUAAUAAUAUAAAAGAUAUAAAAAAAUAUCCUUCUGUGUAUAUAAUAUAUAUACAAUUUUAAAUAUCUGAUUAAAAAAUGUUUGUACCAAUAGAUUCACAGAAUGAAAAAUAAUAAUCAUAAAGAAAUAUUAAUAACGUGUCGACGAACUGCACAGUCUUGUAUGAAACAUUUACGUCAAAAAGCUAUUCAAGUAAUUUUAAAUGUAAUAUUUAAUUGUUCAUUUUUAAUAUUAUGGUAUACAUUUUAGAGUCAAAAAAAUAUGAAAGAAAAUAUAUGGCGUGCAAAACGUUUAACACGAGAAAUGUUGACAUAUUGGAAGCGAUAUGAUCGUAAUGAACGUGAAACACGUAAGAAACAGGAAAAAGAAGCUGAAGAACAAAGAAAAAUGGAUGUAGAGUUGAUGGAAGUAAGUUAGCUCUAUUUAUUUGUAUUUGUAUAUUUUUUUUUUUUUUUUUUUUUUUUUUUUUUUUUUUUUUUUUUUUUAUUUUUUUUUUUUGUGCUAUUUAAUAUUUUGUGUCAUAUUUAUUUUUUUUUACAUAUUUUAACUUAAGGUUAAACGUCAACAAAGAAAAUUGAAUUUCUUAAUCACUCAAACAGAGUUAUAUGCACAUUUUAUGUCAAAAAAACUUGGACAAAGUUCUGCUGAAGAACAACUAAGAAUUUUAAAUCAAUUAGAUGAAGAAAAAAUACCAAGAUUAAUGCAUAUUGAAAAUUAUAACAGGUAUAAAAUUAAAACUUUAUUAAUAAUUUAGUUUUUAAUAUAUAUUAAACAUUUAAAAAUUAAUUACACAUUUUAAAUUUUGUCUACACCAGUAUUAUUAUUUUAAAAUAUUAGAAAUUUAAUAAUAAAUUUAUUUUCAUUAUUUUCUAUUCAUACUUUAAGAUUAUUUUAUACAAGUUCUACACUUGUUUGUUUUUAUAAAUAAUGUUCACCAUUAUAUUUGUGUUUUUAAUUAGUGAAGUAUAUAAGAACAAAGCAUUACAAAAUACUCAAAAAGCAUUAGAUGCUCAAGCAAAGCAGUCUAUUGAAUUUAAUGAUCCAGAUUUAAAAAUCAAUACUCCUCCACCUAAUGAGGAAAGACCACAACCAACAAUAUUUCAAGGCAGUUUGAAACACUAUCAAUUAAAAGGAAUGAAUUGGCUUGCAAAUCUUUAUGAUCAGGUAUAAUUAUUAUUUUUUAAAAUUCUACAAUGUUUUCAAAAUAUAUAAUAAUAUUUUUUUUUUAUAAAUUCAGGGAAUAAAUGGCAUAUUAGCGGAUGAAAUGGGAUUGGGAAAAACUGUACAAUCUAUUGCUUUUUUAUGCCAUAUUGCAGAAACAUAUCGUGAGUAUUAUAUUAUUAAUUAUUUUAAAUAAUGAAAAUAUAAACCAAACAUCAUACAUCAUUAAUGUAUAGUCUAUUCAAAUUAUAUUAUCUUGAUAUUAUAGGUGUAUGGGGUCCGUUUUUAAUUGUAUCCCCAUCAUCUACACUUCACAAUUGGCAGCAAGAAAUAGCUAGAUUUGUUCCUGAUUUUAAAGUUGUACCAUAUUGGGGAAAUCCACAAGUAAACACUAAUUAAAAAAUAAAUAUUAAAUUAAUGCAUUUCUUUAAAUGAGUAUAAUUUUGCAGGAAAGAAAAAUUUUGAGACAAUUCUGGGAUCAAAAAGGCUUACACACACAAGAAGCUAGUUUUCACGUGGUUAUAACAAGUUAUCAAUUGAUAGUGAGCGAUUUUAAAUAUUUUAAUCGUAUUAAAUGGCAAUAUUUAGUUCUUGAUGAAGCUCAAGCUAUCAAAAGUGCUAAUAGGUAUUGUAUAAUUUUUCAUUAUCAUUUAAGAUUACUUAUUAAAAUUAUUAUUAUUAUUGUAGUGUACGUUGGAAACUAUUACUGACAUUUAGAUGUCGUAACCGUUUGUUAUUAACUGGUACUCCUGUGCAAAAUAGUAUGGCAGAACUUUGGGCUUUGUUGCAUUUUAUUAUGCCAACAAUGUUUGAUUCCCAUGAUGAAUUUACAGAAUGGUUCUCAAAAGAUAUUGAAAGUCAUGCAGAAAACAAAACGGGCAUUGAUGAAAGUAAGGCAAAAAUUGUAUUGUAUAAUUGUUUUCCUUAUUAUUAUUUUAUUACUGCAACUUGUGACUUAUAAAUAAAUAAGUUUUUAAAAAUAUUACAAAGAACAAAGCUAUAAAAUUUUAAUAUAGCAGGUUAUAUUUAUUAUAAAUUAUAAUAAUAUAAAAGUAUAAUAUACCCAUUGAUUAUAAAUAAUAAAAUUUAUAAUCAAUAAUAUAAAACAUUUUAGUAGUGUUUAUUAUAAUUUAUUAUAGGUUAAUAUUUUAUGGAUUUUGGGUUUUGAAUAUUAUAAUACUAUUUGUAAGUGCUUUAGGUAUAAUUUAUAUUUAAUGUAAUUUUUUCUUACAUAUUUCCAUAAAUUAAAAUAUUAAAAUUCUAGAACACCUAUCCAGAUUACAUUUGAUUUUAAAACCGUUCAUGUUACGAAGAAUAAAAAAAGAUGUUGAAAAUGAAUUAUCAGACAAAAUUGAAAUAUUGAUGUACUGUCCUCUUACUUCACGUCAAAAAAUGUUAUACUCUGGUAAAACAAACAUACUGAAUAUUAAGAAAAUUAGAAAUGCUGUUGAAUCAUUUUUAUUUUUUUUAAAUAGCUUUAAGAAAAAAGAUUCGUAUUGAAGAUUUAUUGCAUUCAGCUGGCUCUUACCAUUCCUCACCCAAUGUCACAUCAAAUCUGAUGAACUUAGUUAUGCAAUUUCGAAAAGUUUGUAUUAAUUUAAUUUGAUAUUCAAUAAACUAGUUGUUAUAGAUUUUUUUUUUUUUUAAGGUUUGUAAUCAUCCAGAAUUAUUUGAAAGAAGAGAGGCUAGAUCGCCUUUUUUUUCUCGCCCAAUAGAUUAUAUUGUUCCAAAACUAAUUUAUUUUGAUAAUUCAAGUAAAUACAAUUUUUUAAGCAAACAGCAUUUAUUUGCUAACAAAUUUUGUAUAUAUAAUGUAGAACAAGUACAUCAUAGCUGUUACCCUGUAGAUAAUGGUAAAAAUUAUAAUAUAAUCAAUAUACAAAUUUUGAUUCCUAAAUUUUAAUAUUUUAUAUUACUAGGUAAAUCAACCAAUUGUAGCAUGUUUUGCUUUAUUCGAUUUUUAAAAAUGUCACCUACUGAACUAUUUGAAAUAACAAAUGGUGGAUUAUAUAAUAGGUAUUAUUUUUAUACUUUUAAUUAUGAUUAAUAAAAUUAAUUAUGAUUAAUAAAAUCUUCAAUUAAUAUUUAUUUUCAGAAUUAUUUAUGUUUUAAUUCAACAAAAAAUGAAUAGUUUGAUUAAAGAAAAAAAUAUUUGGAACAAAAAUAGUAUAUUGUGGCCAUUUGUAGAAAAUCAUAUACCAGAAUUAUUCAAAUUUAUAACUCCAAUUUUAAACACGUGCACUAUUACUCAUAUGACUCAUACUCAUCACUGUAUGAAUGAAACCAUGGAACACAAAUUACGUCGAAUUAAACAAGUAAAAAUCAAUAAAUUAUCCUAAACAUACCAAAAUAUAUAAUUUGAAAAAUUAUUGUUUUAAUAUAAUCAUAGGUUAAUUCUGACAUGAAUAUAACAAUGGAGAACAUUUUUGUUGAAAAUUCAUCAUUAGAUCACUACAAACAUAGACCACCACAAAUAUAUAAAUGUCAUCCAACACAAUUGCCAUCAUUUUUGUAUUUUUAUUCUCCAAAAGUAACAACAAAAGGUCGCCAAUUAUGGGUUCCUGGUAGUAGAUCUGCUGCAUAUGUUUGGCAGCGACAUGAAUCAUGUGAUUCUGCUGAAGGUCAUAAUUUAAUAUAUAAUGGUCAUUCAAGUUUCAAUCAUAAUCAAUGGUCAUGUGAAAACAUAGGAGGUUUAAAUUCUUUAAAACCGAAGAAUGGAUGGUUUCACAUCAGCAUACCUGGUAAUGUGAAAGUGUGUCAUUUCUAAAUUAAAUAGUUAAUUUUAUACUUUUUUCCUAGACAAGCAAAGUUUGGUUACUGAUUGUGGAAAAUUGAAAAUUUUAGACAAUUUAUUAACACAAUUAAAACGAGAAAAUCACAGAGUUCUAAUUUAUUCACAAAUGACAAGGAUGAUUGAUAUUUUAGAGGCAAUUGAAAAACAAAUUACAUAAUAUUAACUAAUUUAUUCACCUAUGCAAUAUAUUUUACAGGAAUAUAUGUGGUAUAAAAAACUAAGAUAUAUGAGACUUGAUGGUUCAUCAAAAAUAUCUGAUAGAAGAGAUAUGGUUGCUGAUUUUCAAAAUCGGUACACAUUAUUUAUUCAUAUUUAGUACUGAUAAAAUAUAUAUUAAAUUAAAAAAUAUAAAUAAUUAUGUUAUUUUGAAUGGCCAAGACAAUGUUUACAUUAAUUCUGUAUUGAAAGAGUUGCAUAUUUAUAAUGAGGUUAAGCAAAAUUUUAAAAAUAUUAAAGGAAAAAUUUAAAUUUAUCUUGAAUAUACAGAUAGAUUUAAAAAAUAAUCUUAUAUACUAAUAUUAUAUAGAUAGUACGAGAUAUGUCCAAAAAGUAAGUUCCGUUUUCUAUUUUUAUCUCGUUUGCGAUGUUAUCUUAAUUACGAUCAUAUCCGAUUAUUUCAUUUACUUAUUUGGAACAUUUUAAAACCAUUCCGUGACUAAUUAGUGUACGUACAUCACGUGACNGUUAGGAGAUGGGUGCGUCUUUUCAAUGAAGGCCGUACAAAUGUUCACGAUGAAGAACGAAUUGGGCGACCAUCUUUGGUUAAUGAUGUUUUGGUGCAAGAAGUCGAAAAAAAAAUUCAUGAAAACAGAAGGUUCACCAUGACGUCAUUAUCAAUACAUUUCCCUCAAAUUUCCUGUUCUCUUCUUCAUGAAAUUGUGUCAAUAAAAUUGAAUUUUCGAAAAUUGUGCGCACGUUGGGUGCCGAAAAUUCUUACUGAUGAACACAGAGUGCAACAUCAGGGUAGUGCACUUCAUUUUUUGUCACGAUACGAAGAAGACGGUGAUAACUUUUUAAGCCGUAUUGUCACAGGGGACGAGACUUGGGUUUCGCAUGUCACCCCUGAAUCAAAACAACAAAGUAUGGAGUGGAGACAUACCAUAUUGCCAUCAACGAAAAAAAUCAAACAGACACUGACUACUCGAAAAAUCAUGUGCACGGUGUUUUGGGACAGACAAUGAGUUUUGUUAAUGUACUUUUUACCGCGUGUAUAAACAAUCAACUCAAAUUCUUAUUGCAAGACGCUUAAAAAACUACGUAGUGCAAUAAAAAAUAAACGACGAGGCAUGCUUAGCCGUGGCAUUGUUUUCAUCCACGACAAUGCCCGCCCGCACACAGCAAAUGUGACGAAACAACUUGCAGAUUUUGCAUGGGAACAAUUUAAUCAUCUGCCCUACAGUCCAGAUUUGGCACCCAGUGUUUUUCAUCAUUUUUUACACAUAAAAUCAUUUAUGGGUGGCCAGAACUUCAACGAAGAUGAUGAGGUGAAAAAGGCUGUUAGCGCAUGGUUACAAUCACAGGCGUCNUUCACGAUAAAGAACGAACUAGGCGACCAUCUUUGGCCUGCACACAGCAAAUGUGACGAAACAACUUCUUGCAGAUUUUGCAUGGGAACAAUUUAAUCAUCCGCCCUACAGUCCAGAUUUGGCACCCAGUGAUUUUCAUCUUUUUUUACACAUAAAAUCAUUUAUGGGUGGCUAGAACUUCAACGAAGAUGAUGAGGUGAAAAAGGCUGUUAGCGCAUGGUUACAAUCACAGGCGUCAUAUUUCUAUGAUGAAGAGAUACAAAAACUAGUACCUCAAUAUGAUAAAUGCUUAAACAAUGGUGGUAACUAUGUUGAAAAAUAAAGUAAUACAUGUAUUUUAUAUUCUAAUAAAAUUUAUAUUAAAAUUUACACAUUUACAUGUUUUUAUUGCCCAACGGAACUUACUUUGUGGACGUACCUCGUAAUACAACUUCUUAAAUCUAUAUCAUCUCAGUGUUUUAAAAAAAAAAUCUUCUAAUAUACACACAACUUUUAUAAUACUCCAGGCAUUAUUUUGUACUUUGUCUAUUUAUUUAUCUGUUUUGCAUAUAUACAUGCACACAUAUAUUGUUAUUUUUUUAAUUUAAUUUUUUGCUUUAGUUCAGACAUAUUUGUAUUUUUAUUGAGUACAAGAGCUGGAGGUCUUGGAAUAAAUUUGACUGCUGCAGAUACUGUUAUAUUUUAUGACAGCGAUUGGAAUCCUACUGUUGAUCAACAAGCAAUGGAUCGAGCUCAUAGACUUGGUCAAACUAAACAAGUUAGCCUUAUAUUAGUUAAAAUAAUAAUUCAAGUACUCGAUUUGUAUUUCUAAGCAUAAUAAUAUUUAAUCAAAUAAUUCACAUAUUUGCUUUCCCUAAUAAAAUCCCAUUUUCUUUAAAGUUUGUUAACUCUUCUUUGUUAACUAGUCCAAAAGGAAUGAAAAAGGAAAGAAUGUUGUUUUGUUUAUUAAUAAACACUGAUUUUCUAGGUUACUGUUUAUAGACUCAUAACUCAGCACUCGAUUGAAGAACGGAUAUUACAGAGAGCAAAAGAAAAAAGUGAAGUAUGAUGAACUAAGUUCUAAGUAUCCUACAGUGUUAUCCAUAUGCUAAUAACUGUCAAUAUUCAUUUUUUUUUUAAAUUGGGUUUUGUGUCAAAGGGACACAGAUGUAAAUUUUUAAAAUUUUCAACAUAGCCAAUUUGUAAAAUAUAUUCUAUUAAUGUUAAUGUAUCAUACAUUCAUAUCCGAUUAAUAGUUUCUUAGUAAUCUUAGUAAUAGCCAUUUUAAUUUCAACAUUCAACAUUUCUAACCUGUAUUAUGGUUAUGAUUUGCUAUUGUGUACCGUGUUAAUUUUGUUUUUCACACCUUCUAGAUAUAAAACGACUAAUUCUAAGAAAUUAUUGAUCAGAUAUAUGAUACAUUUAAAAUUUUUAGAAUAAUAUAUUUAAUAUGGAUAACACUAUAGGACAAUCUAUAUUAUCAAAUAAUCUACAAAAUUAUACAUCAAAUUAUCCAUGGAUAUUUUAUCUUUAGAUACAAAGAAUGGUAAUAAGUGGUGGAAAUCUUAAACCUGAUACUUUAAAACCAAAAGAAGUGGUAUCAUUGCUUUUGGAUGAUGACGAAAUUGAAAGCAAAUGUAUGUGUAAGAAAAUGUUUGUAUAAAAGAAUUUAAAAUAUAUAUAUUUAAAACCCUUAUUUAGAUCGUCAAAAACAAGAAGAGAGGAGACUAUUGGAAGAAACAAGAGCUGAGGGGUUUAAAGAAAAAGAUCGGAAACGAAAAAUAGAUGUUAAAACUGAUAGUUCUUCUAAAAUAAAAAAGACUGAAGAAGUAUCAACUAUUGAUGAAUUAGUAUUAAGUCCUCGAAGUGAGGUAAAUUUAACAUUAAAUAUUUAAAUAUAAAUUAUAAAAAUUUUGUUUACUUGUUUUCUAUUCAAACUUAAAAAUACUAGUAUAAUAAAUUAAUAGAAAACAAAUAAAAAUUUAAAAAAGAAAAUCUACAAUAUAAGGUUAAAUUAAAAUCUUCCAGUAGGAGGGAAUCAGAAUACUCUCAUGGUACCUAUACCUGUUGUGAGGAGCGAUAAAUGGGGUUUCGAUCAGAUUGACAGUCUGUGUAAAAUUCUAUUAAACAGUAUGAAAAGUUCUAAAUAAAACUUUGGCGGAUUGUCCUUUAUCGGAUGUGCAUGGGGAAAAAAUGUAAGAGAAAGUACAAUGGUGUAUAAUGUUUAUGAAUAAUAUAGUUUUAAUAGGAGAAAAUCUGGAAGAAAUUAACAAUAGGUUUGAAGAAUGAAGAGUGAUACUUGAAUAAAAGGGACUAAGGAUCAAUAGAAAUAAUACAGAAUGUAUAGAGUAUGAUUUUAUAUAAUCUCUAAAAUCAUACUCUAUAGAUUGUCUCCCCUGCUAAAAAGACCUGCACACGCUUAUGGGGAUAAGUACCGGAAAUCAGAAAUAAUUCUUCAUUAAUGCAUUUAUUUUAUGAAAUACCUAACUAAAAAUUAUGAAAAUUUGUUUAUCAUUUAAACUCCUUCCUUAUUAUACCAAGUUCAAAUUCUGGAACUUCAUUUAGGUAAUGCCAUAAUGUUUAAUAUUAAAUUUAUAUUUUUUUCUUAACAAAAAAAAACAGGUGGGUGUUGGUGCACUCAAGGUUGAGGUAAUUUUUUUUUGUUGAAUCUUGUAUAUGAUCAUGUGGGCCACUAGAUUCUAUUAUUCCCGGGCUGUUCAGAUUAUGCUUAUCUGCCCCUAGUGACAAGAGAAUUCCAAUGAGACUUAAAAGUAAGUUCUACAAAAGUGUGGUGAGGCUGACUGUUGUAUGAUUUGGAGUGUUGGGAAGUAGACAGAAAAUAGAACAAAGAUUGAGUGCAUCAGAGAUGAAAAUUUUUAGGUAGAUGAGUGGAGUGAUCAAAGAAGAUAGAAGAAGAAAUGAGUAAAUAAGAGGUUACCUAUGCAUGGCUUCGAUAGCAGAUAAAUAAGAGAAAAUGAGAUGGUUUGUGUAUAUCACAGGGAGAGAAACAGUAAGAAUUAUAAUGAAAAUAAACAUAGGAGGAAAGAGAUGGAAAGGACGACUAGAAAAUAGGUGGCGGGAUGCGAUUGAGAAUGAUAUGAGAAUAAUCUGUGUAAAUAUGAUUAUAUCAUAUUUACAUCAGUUUUAUUUUCACAUUUUAAUUGUAUUUAAAAAGUUAUUUUAUUUUAUAUUUAUGCAAUAUGAAGAUUACUGAAGCCGAAACUAAUAAUUACCUUAAUUAUACUUUUUGGUUCAAUUAAUAAUUCUAUACUUUCUUAAUUUAUUUAAAUUUUAAUAUUAUCAUUUUGUGAAAUUUGAACAGAGUAGUUUCGCCUAUGAAGAAACUGGCAGUGAAACAACAAUUGAACUUGAUGAUUCACCUAUAAAAUUAUCUCCAAGUAAAUUAGAUGAAAAAUACAUUAUAUUUUUAAAAUUUGUUUUUAGUAUUAAGUUACUUACAACAAUCUUUUUAUUUCAGCAACCAAACGUGGUAGAACAAUUCGCAGAAAUAUUUCAUCACUAACACCCAGUAGUCUUGGUAAAUUAUAAUAUAUAUUAUUACCUGAAUCAAAUUUGUAUACUUUAUAUUAAUACACUGCUUCCUUUAUUGAAAUUGGUAUUUCAGUUUCUGGGGAUGAUGGCUCUAAAAACAACAAUUAUUGCAAUAAAGCAAUAGUAACAGCAACGAAACGAGGUCCAGGCCGUCCAAAGUAUAAAACUCCUGUCCUAACCAAUUCAGCUUUUAAGAACCCCCUCAAAAAGUCUUAAUUUAAAAUUUUAUGAAUAAAAUGAGUAUA